CGUGGCCCUUCUAGCAGUACCGAUUACUAUAUGCCUAUAGGCUACAAAGAGCUUGCUAACGACAUUUUGAACAUGGCUGUUCGACCUGACGAUGUGUGGGUGACUGGCUAUCCUCGGUCUGGAACAACGCUUACACAAGAAUUGGUCUGGCAAGUCGCGAAUGAAUGCGAUUUCGAGACGGCUUCAAAAAUACCUUUGAUGGAACGAUAUAUGUUUCUCGAAGGACAAGUGUCAGUUAAUUUAAUUCAAUCAAAUGUGGAAGGCGAAGUUUCUGAACCUAUUUAUACUCAAGAUGCUAUAAACGCCGCGCCUUCGCCACGGUUUAUAAAAACUCAUGCAGCUUUCUCGCUAUUACCCUCAAAUCUACUGGACACCGCUAAAGUAGUCUACAUAGCCCGAGACCCGCGGGAUGUAGCAGUAUCUGUUUAUCAGUUCUCAAAGAAGUUUUUCCUCUAUACUGCAGACUUUAAAACGUUUUGGAAUCUUUUCCUCAAUGAUUUGUAUAUAUGGUGCCCAAUUUUGGCGCAUGUAAAAGAAGCGUGGGAACUCCGUCAGCAUCCAAAUAUGAUGUUCAUAUUCUACGAAGAUAUGUUAAAGGAUGUACCCUUAUAUAUCAAACGGCUAGCAGAUUUCCUUGACAAGAAGAUAACGGAUGAACAAAUCGUUAAACUAAAUGAGCACUUGAAUAUUAAGAACUUCAGAAAAAACGAGUCUGUGAACCCGACGUGGAUGGCUAAGACUGGUGACCCCAAUGCCGAGGGUUUUAUUAGAAAAGGUGAAUCGGGCGCAUGGCGCGAGCAGUUCGAUGAGGAAAUGGCGGCGCAGGCGCAGCGCUGGAUGCGCGACCACCUCGCCGGCUCCGAGCUGCGCUUUCCUGACUAUACCUAAGUUGAUAGCACAGAUCUACAAUGUAAAAGAUU